AUGUCAGUACACUGGAGUUCUGAAGUAAUGAAAUGGGAGUACAGGGAACUUCAAGCAACGGCAAUGACCGUCGAUUACUCUGGCAACAACGUGUUGUUAGCCGGUCGGAGAUGGUUAGCCAUAAAACAAAUUAAUUUAGAAGACGAUGCCGGUGACAUUGUUAAAAAAUACUCUCGACAAAGUAAAUAUGAUGCUGCUGGUGCAGAGUGGUGUCAAACAUAUCAUGGACAAAAGUUAUGUGCUAUCGCGAGCAACCAAAGAGUAGACGUAUAUGAAUGGCUUGGAGGCAAUGACUUACGCUGUUCAGCAUCUCUCCGUGCCCAUACAAGGGUAGUCAGUGAUACACAUUUCCAUAGACAAGACCAUAACCUGAUUGCAACAUGUUCUAUAGACACAUUCACACAUUUAUGGGACUUAAGGGAUCCCAGGAAACCUAUACUUUCUAUGUGUGCUGUUGCUGGAGCUUCUCAAGUACAAUGGAAUAAAGUAGCCUCCCACAUUGUGGCGACUGCACAUGAUGGCGACAUUAAAAUCUGGGAUUAUCGUAAACACAAUGCACCUAUACAAUAUAUAUCUGCACAUUUGUGCAAAAUCCAUGGUGUUGAUUGGAGUCCACAUCAUGAAUAUCAGCUGGUUACAUCAAGUCAUGAUGGCAGCAUAAAAUAUUUUGACAUAAAUAAUCCAAGAAGGCCAGAUAAUAUUAUAAUGACAAAUUUUCCUGUUUGGAGGGCUAUUUAUACUCCUUUCGGUAGUGGGUUAUUAACAAUAGGGGUAGGCUGGGGUGGCCUCCCUAGGGUGGAACAGGCAGGUGUUAUUGGUAUCUGGGUAGGUGGCACUCUUACACACAGGCUAGUCGGACACACUGACACAGUACAAACCAUGGUCUGGAGGCCAAACACUUCACCAUCCAAUUACCAGCUUGUUACAUGGGGUAGAGAUCAGUCCCUUAGGGUGUGGUCCAUGAAUCAGUCUCUUCUGAAAAUGUGCAACCACUAUUUACCGGAUGAUGCAGAAAAUGAAGAAGAUAACAGCAGUGAUAAUGCGAGUUACGCAUCUACAAUUGGUUCAAUGAAUGACAUCUCCGUAACUGAUAAUAAAGGUCAAGACAUCCAAAUGACAAAACUUUCACAGCAAACUUUAACAACAAUAGAUGAAGAAUUUGAAUCAAUUAGAGAAAUGGCCAAUAUCGAAGUUACCGAUAUGAAUAUUGAAACAAGAACAUGUCAGAUACAUUCUGAACGGAAUGGUUAUAUUGCAAAUUUGCAAGUUAUGUUCCCGAGAAAUGUCACAGAACAAACAAUCCCAAAGUUUUCUUGGCUAACUGGAACCAAUGUAGAUAGCGCCACUACCAUCAAAAUUCUUCAAGCUAUCAAUGUUACUGCUUAUCGGAAGAAGAAAGAAGGUCACAGAUGUCUUUUGCAUUGUUUGAAGACCUUAGCUACUUCAAUAGACGAGAUACCGGUAAAAUCUAGUGAUGACUCUGAUUCUAUGAAAUCUAGUCAGCGAAGUCAAUCCGAAAGUGAAAAUGCGGGUGAUUCGUGUAUACCAUUUCCGCGUACGUGCGGUGCCAAAUGGUGCGGAGUAGACACCCUAGUAGUGUUCAACAGACCGCCGAAUACGCGACGUCUUUCGUUGAAACACGAGACUGGCACCCCUCGUUCGAUGUCCUCAUUAUCUCUAGCACCUGCACUGUUCGGUGCUGGAUAUAGUUCAGCAUCACCUCAUGCGACCACCACACCGUCGCCAACAAAUGCCGCAGGUUUCCCGCAACUACAUCUCAGACAUCCUUCAAAUUCUAUCACAACAUUCUAUUUUCAAGACAGAUGGAAGGCUCAAGGACGUCGUGCUGGAAGUAUGCGCAGCCGUGGCAGUAUAUCAGGAUAUGGAUCACCUAGAGUGGUACUGUAUGCUGCAUCAAGUUUAUUUCCACUUCAUCGCACUCUAGCCGAAAAGUAUGUGAUCAACGCUGCAAAUCCUGUUGAUAUGUGUGAGAGGAACAAUAAAAUCGCGUCAGAGGAAGGUGAAAAUGAUUUAGCACAUGCCUGGGCAUUGGCAGCCCUGACAGCUCGUUCGCUGCGUGCAAAACACCGUGACCACUUCGUCUCCGGUGAGGAAAGUAUGGGCUGGACUAGACAUCCCCUGUGCUGCGUCCUAUUACAAUCAUUAAUAAACCACUAUGCGAAAUCAGCAGAUUUACAAAUGGCCGCAAUGUUGGCGUGUGCGUUCUCUGUUUCCAAUUCCUCCAACAACUCUAGCUCACAAUCUAGCGUUAGUACAUCAAGUUAUGGAAAUAAUACUUCCCCGUAUAGUACAUUAAAUCAAUAUAGCGAAAUUAGUGCCGAAGGAUGGACAUUACCUAUUGUACUUAGAAGUAAUUCUUGUUCAGAAGCAGAAAAUUUUUACACUGACUCUACAAUAUCAAAAUAUGAAAGGUCCGCUUUCGUUCUAGACGAAGCCACUGAACAUCUUUACUACUGCUUCAAACGUAUUUAUGCUGACAUUUUACAUCGUUGGCAGUUACUAUACAAGAAAACAGAGGUAAUGAAACUAGUGAAGUGCAAACACGAGAGAGUGUCACUGGGACCGCAAUUGGUGGCGGAGUGUGGUUUCUGCGGGCGCGUGGCGACCGGCGCGGCGUGCACGCACUGCGGCCGCGUGGCGCUGCGCUGCGCGGUGUGCACGCUCGGCGUGCGCGGGCUCGCGUGCGUAUGCGCCUACUGCGGGCAUGCGGGACACGCCCACCACAUGAUGCUAUGGUUCUCGCAACGAGAUACUUGUCCUGCCGGCUGCGGAUGCAAGUGUCGCAUAGAAGGCAGCUCCGUGUGGAAAGGUGUAAAAUAUUAA